GCGCAGUAGCUCUGUGAUGAUCGAGCUGACGAUGAGCCCGGCCAUGGCGGUGGGCAGCUCCCUGCCCUGCGACUCACCGCCCUUGCUUCUCUCCUUCGCGAUCAUGGUAGCUACGGUGCUCUGCGUCUUCGGUCGGCUGCGCGCAAGCAAGCGGCCAUGGAACUGGAAGUGGAACACGGCGGCGGUUAGCCGGGACGCCGUCCUCCGCCUCGUCGGCAUCCGCCUGGGCGACGUGCGGACGGUCGUCGUCCGCGACGGCGCCGUCGCGGUGGACUCGCUCGUCCGCCGCGCCGACGUGUUCUCCACCCGCCCCGCCGGGAGCGCCCCGACGUCCACCAUCUCCGGCGGCCGCGUCCACAACAUCAACACCGUGCCGUACGGCCCGCUCUGGGUCGCGCUCCGCCGCAACCUCAGCUCGGAGGCGUUCCACCCGGUGCGUGGCCUGGCGGGCGCCGCGCCGCACCGCGCAAGGGCGCUCGCCUCGCUCGUGGUGGACGUCGCCGCGCGCUCCGGCGCCGGCGGCGUGGUGCCCGUCCGCGACUGCCUGUCCGCCGCGCUCUUCUCGCUCAACGUGGCCACCUGCUUCGGCGACGGCGUGGACGGCGACCUCGUCGAGACCAUGCGCGUCGUGCAGCACGAGUUCCUGAGCUUCCUCUCCAAAGCCCGCGUCUUCGGCACCUUCCAGAAGGUGGCGAGGCUGGUGUACCGGGAUCGAUGGAAGAAGCUGGUCCACUACCGCCGGAGGCAGCAGGAGAUGUAUCUCCCGCUCAUCAGAGCACGCAAGGAGCAGCGCCGUACUCAAGGCACCACGUCGCCGUCGUCGUCGUCGACGGCGUACGUGGACACGCUCCUAGACCUCGAGGUCCCGGCGGCGGACGGCGAGGCCGGGCGGCGGAAGCUCACCGAAGGCGAGAUGGUCGGCCUCGUGUCGGAGUACCUGGGCGCGACCACGGGCACGGUGCUCGCCGAGCUGGAGUACAUCCUGGCGAACCUCAUCCUCCGGCCGGACGUCCAGAGCCGGCUGCGCGCCGAGGUCGAGGCGGCCGGCGGCGAGCCGUGCGCCUACCUGAGGGCGGUGAUCAUGGAGUCGCUGCGGCUGCACCCGCCGGUGUCGUCCGUGCAGCGGCACAUGGGGUGCGACGUGGUGCUCGGUGACGACACGCACGCCGCGCAGGGCAGCGUCGUCAGCUUCGCCAUAGAAGAAAUCGGCAGAGAUAACGAGAUAUGGGCAUCCGCGCAAGAGUUCCGUCCGGAGAGGUUCAUGCCGGGCGGCGAAGGGGAAGGGGUGCGGCUGGCCCUCGGCAGCAAGCACCAGGAGGAGGCGACGAAGGUGGUGAAGAUGAUGCCGUUCGGCGCCGGGCGGCGGCGGUGCCCCGGGAUGGGCUACGCCAUGCUGCACCUCGAGUACUUCCUCGCCAGCCUGGUCGCCGCCUUCGAGUGGCGCCGCGCCCCCGGCGAGGACGGGGAGGUGGACCUCACGGCGGACUACGGCUUCAUCACCGCCAUGCAGCGCCCUCUCCGCGCGCUGGUCGUGCCGCGGACGCCGCCGGCGAACGCACGCUCGUGUGUUGGCGUAGCGGUUAAUUAGUUGAGUUUUUUUAUGGUAUUUUAAAAAAUAUCUUGAGUUAUCAUAUUUUUAGCGUAAAAAUUUAGUAACUUGAGUUAUAAUACUUUAAGAUAAUAGAAUUUUACGCUAAAAUUUGUGAUACCUCGAGGUAUUAUUAAAGAUGAUAAAAAAACCUAAUUAGUUACUAGCACGGGAGAUGAUCAUUUUUUAGAUGUGAUGGGAAGAAUAAAAUUCCUAGCUGCGGUUAUUGCAUCAUAUGAUGCGCCCAGCUAGCGUAAGAUUGAUCAUCUUGAAACAGGUUUCGAAUAAAAAUGGAGGGCGGGUCGUCGGCUGAUCGAUGUGCGCAAAUUAUAUGUCUUCCAUGUUAAUGGAAUAGGGCAAAGCGCUUGCCUUUGUUUUCUAUAAAAAUCGUAUGCGUCCACUUUUUUUCGAAAAAUAAAUGUGUGCUGACCGAACUGAGAGUUCACAAAUGAUAUAUUCAGGUGACGAAAUUUGAGGGGACAUGUUGUUAUUGUCAUCCAAUUUAACGCAGCUACACUCGUGGCACAUACUUUGGGCCAAUGCCUCAUUUCCAUUUCCUUUUUCAGUUUUGAUAUAAAUCACCAGAGUGAUUUUUUCCAAUGUAACUAUAUUUUAAUUAAGUGUAAUUAUAUAUUCGCUGCGUCAUUUAAUAAAAAGCAGAAA